AUGUGGUUUUCCACAUCGCUGUCGGCCGCGCUAUGGCUGGCAGCAUGUGUAAUGGCUGGUAUUCAUGACCAGACGACGACAAAUGCGGAUGGCAUUCGGAGUAUACCUGUUUGUUUGCCCCGAUCUUCCUCCCGGAUAGAAGAGACUGUCCGUAAACGAAACGAUCUACAUUACAUGGCGGAUCCGUAUUUGGAUUCUGAUAUGCAGAGUCGCUGGUUUGAUUUUGGUGGGGAUACAAUUAUACGCGCAGACAAAUACAUACGACUUACAUCGGACCGGCCCUCACAAGCAGGAUGGAUAUUCUCACGGGUGCCACUAACAGCCACAAACUGGGAGAUCGAACUAGAAUUCAAGAUCCACGGCGACGGCACCCUCCAUGGUGACGGAUUCGCAAUGUGGCUCACGAAGCAGCGGGCCACAGGCGGCGACGUAUUCGGCAGCACCGACCGCUUCGAAGGCCUCGGGAUCUUCUUCGACACGUACAAGAACAACCGGCCGGGCACCGUCUUCCCCUACGUAAUGGCCAUGGUGGGCGACGGGCAAAAGGCCUACGACAAAGCGAACGACGGCAAGGAGAACGAGUUCAUGGGCUGCAGCGCGCGGGGGAUUAGGAAUGCCAACCAGCCUACCAAGGCGAAAUUGACGUAUUUCCAGGACACGAGUCUGAAGCUCGAGUUGCAGUAUAAGAAAGAGGACCAGUGGGAGUUGUGCUUUGAGACGAGCGAACCGCCGACCAUCCCUUCUGUGGCAUAUCUAGGCUUUAGUGCAGAGACGGGCGAGCUGAGCGAUAACCAUGAUAUUAUCAGCGUGGCGACGAGAAAUCUGUAUGACACGAAGAGCAGGGCUGACAAUAGCGGGAGUGCAGGAGGAAGUAGGAGCGGGCCCACAAAGGGGAAGCCUGUCAAGAAGGAAAGCACGGGCAGCUGGACCUGGUUUCUCUUCAAGGUCGUUGCGUUCUUCGGCUUAGUUGGGGGUUCGUAUGUUGGGUAUACGGCUUGGAGGACGCAGCAGAGGAGAGCGCAUCGAUUUUAG